UCAAAUAAAUUAUUCCUCCUCUUCUUUCUCAUUUAAAGGAGUCAAGUGUACAGACCUUGUGGAACCAGAAAUGAUCACCAAAGUUGUUGAACAUUUAAAUGUUACUGAAAACAUAAAGCAUGCAUUGAAUAAAAGUGCAGAAUUUGGGGUUUGCGUAGCUAAUCACUUGUGUGAUUGUCUGGCCUUACCAUAUCCGCCUGUAAUGUAUGCUUGUUUUGGUGCUCUUGGUUUAAAGUGCAUUAAAGAUGUUCUCCAUCUCUCGCCUCAUCUCUUGGCUUGUGCCCUUGCUUGCCCAAACUCCACCAUCAUUGGAUUUGGUGCUACUAAUACCACCACCAUCAUCAAUAUGAACUCCACCGUUAUCAAUACAAACUCCACUCUCAAACAUGAUCAUGAGGCGUUAAAAGAUUUCUGCAACAACAAAUGCAAGAAGAAGGAUUAGCUUAAUUUGUUUUUUGCUUUGUAAUAAAUUUUGUGUCAAUGGAAUAAUGAAUCCUAUCUUGUACAAGAAAAAAGUAUAAAAGAAAAGUCCUAUAAAAAUUGAUUUUGGUCUAUCAAUAUUACCAUUAAAGUAUACACAUUGAUCUUUAUAUCUUCC